GCUUGGCUUAGCUAUAGACGCGAUGCAGACUUCCUUCAAGUCGAGCUCUCCAAUUAUCAACGUCGCUGUUAUAGGCGUCGGGCUUGUUGGAUCUGAAUUCAUCAAGCAACUGUUGUCUAUUCCAUCUUCACCGUUCCGUCUAGUUUCAGUCACUUCAUCCUCCCGAACAGUCUUCGCUCCAUCGUCGCCCUUCCGAUCUUCAGAUUCAUGGAAGGAUAUCUUGGCUCAAUCCACAGAGCGACCCAACUUUGAAUUGCUCACACAAAACCUUUCCUCUUUAAUCUCAUCAUCUUCAAGUGUUGCCGUGGUGGAUAACACUUCCUCAGACGACGUUGCAAGUCGAUAUCCCACCUGGCUAAAAGCUGGCUUCAACGUUAUCACACCCAAUAAGAAGGCGUAUUCAGGAGACCUCGAGUUAUACAAAAAAAUAGUUGAGGCUAGUAAAGAGAGCGGAACCAAGUUCUUGAACGAGUCGACGGUUGGUGCCGGGUUACCUGUGAUCUCGACUCUAAAAGAACUGCUGGGGACUGGCGACAAGAUCAAAAAAAUUGAAGGCGUAUUUUCGGGAACCAUGAGCUACAUUUUUAAUGAAUUCUCGACUGGCUCCCCGGAUGGUCCUAGUUUUUCGUCAAUAGUCAAAGGAGCGAGAGAAAAGGGAUACACGGAACCUCAUCCAGCAGACGAUCUCAACGGCUUUGAUGUAGCUCGAAAGCUCACAAUACUUUCUCGGACCAUCUCCUUCUCGAAUAAUCCCAACAAUUCCUCUUUGCCUUCAUUACAAUCCUUCAAAUCUGUGCAGACGGUUUCUCUAAUACCCCCGCCUCUGGAGGGUAUCCCUACUGGAGACGAAUUCAUCUCCCGUUUACUCCAUUUCGAUACCGAGUUUGAUGAAAAGCGUCGACAAGCCAGAAAAAAGGAUAAGGUGCUCCGCUUUGUCGGAGUGGUGGAUGUUGAGAAUGGGGACGUGAAAGCGGCGUUGGAAGAAUAUUCCGCUGACCACCCUUUUGCGACGUCUCUCGGUGGAUCCGACAACAUCAUCAUGUUCCACACAGAAAGAUACGGUCCAAGGCCUCUAAUCGUCCAAGGCGCAGGUGCAGGCGCCGCAGUUACAGCUAUGGGCGUCCUUGGCGACUUGUUGAAGUUGACAUGAUAUUCAUAGAACGGAGAACAUGGAAACUCAUAGCAGUCAUGCAGUUCCUUGUAGUGCCUCUCCCGGCUUCGCACUAGUGCCCAAGCAACGAAGCUUAAUAUUUGUUUCUUGUGACAGCCUGACAGGUUCAUUCGCGUUACAUCAAUCUGGAGGCGACUUGAAACCCAAUGCGAACUCUAUGAUCCAUCGACUUCGAAUGACGCACAGGCGCUUGUCGCUACUGGUGGCAUACCCUGCGGUGUCCAUAAUACAUAUGACAAGCAUGCAGCCAUGAUUUCUUCCAGGACUUCUAUCCAGAGUAAUAAUUCCAGGCUUCUAGGGCUCGGACGAAACCAAUCGGGUAUAACCCCGCUUACUGCUGCACCCUACAUAUUGAGAAUCGUCGAGGCACGAGCGUGAUUUAGGGCCUGUUCCCUUGUUUUACGAAGGUGGUUUCAAUUGAUGGUAGUCAUUCUAGGGUCCCAUCGGUCACCCGCACAAGCAUGUUGCGGCCUCCCUGGCUCCCCAGCACCCCAAUAGACCAGAUUCAGAGC